GGGCUUCCGUUUUUCACGUCGUGUUUGAUACAUGAAUGCGAGUUAGCUACUAAAAUUGAGUUGCAAUAUAUUUUUUAAUUUGUGUGAUUUUCACUUUGCUUAGCCUAUUGUUAGAAGAAAUAGAUAAGAAGGCCCUAAAAUGGGCAGAAGUAGAAGCCGAUCCCCACCCAAACGAGAGAGGCGACGCUCACGCUCGGGUUCCAGGGACCGUGAACUCCGGCGCAGGGAAAGGAAACGCUCCCGUUCUCGAGACAGGGAAAGGCGUCGAAGCCGCUCACGCUCUCCGGCCCACAGACGACGCUCUAGGUCUCCUCGUCGGCACCGGUCUUCAUCCAGCUCCCCUUUGAGACAGAAGGACCGGCGUGACGAUGAGCGAAAAGACGCCAAGGACAAGCCAGUGAAGGAGCAUCAGAUCUCAGAGGAAGACAUGCAGGGCAAGACGGAAGAGGAGAUAGAGAUGAUGAAGAUUAUGGGAUUUGGCAACUUCGACACGACAAAGGGGAAGAAGACUGAGGGAGCAGUCAAUGCACAUGCAAUCAAUGUGUCCCAGAAGAGGAAAUACAGACAGUACAUGAACAGAAAAGGUGGAUUUAACAGACCUUUGGACUUCAUUGCUUGAAGUAGGAUAAAAAGAACCGACUUCUUGUCCCUAAAAUAUCUUCUUAUAGACUAUUGUCGCUGACACUGCGUGUUUUUGUGUUAGAACUGUAUUUUUGUAUCUUUUUGUUUUGUUCAUUUAUUGACUCUUGUGCUGCACAAGUUUUGCAAACACCAUUGUGAUUGAAUAUAAGCAUUUUUUCUGUAUGCUUCUUUUAAGAAAGAGAGCAAUGUUGGAAAGCUUUUCCCAGUGCUAGUUAAUGUGUUUUUGAUUCAGAUUAAAACAUUUAGUUAAUGAG